AUUUCAAAGUAAUCAACUCUCAGCUGGAUAUAGUACUAUAUAUAGCACAUCCGGCGUUAUAUACUCAUAUAUACCAAAAUGGGCGACACCGCGAACAAAACGGAUGACAUGAAGAGCACCUCGCUUGACGAGUUCAAGCUGGAGGCCAUGCGUUCCAUGGGUUGGACCGUGGAGGCCGAUAUACCCAUGGCGAAUGCCCAGAAUCUGGCCAUCCUGCAGGAGAUGGUUGGCAUGCGGGCAGAGAAAUUCAAUCUGCAGCAGCGCAUCGGCGAGCUGGAUGAGCGCGACAAGACCAUCGAGCGGCACAAGCGAAACAUUGAGGCCACGCUCCAGCAGAACAUCACAUUUUUCAAUUCGGUGAAGAACGAUGUGCUGAAGGAGGCGCAUCGCACGCAGCUGGUGAUAUUGGAGCGCAACAAGCUGAAGGAGGACUUGCGCAAGAAAGAAAAAGAGCUGUCGGAGUACACGGAAUACGCGGAGCACACAUUACGUAAAAUUACGAAAAACAAGCGCGAAAUCGAUGAUCUGACCAAGCGCAUCAAGAAGGCAAAGUCGAGCCUGGUCGAGUGGGCCGAUGCCAUGGAGGAUGGCAACAAAGGCUACCAGCUGAUCGAUAAAUACUACCAGGAUGAUCAGCAGAGGGCAAAGGAGCUGAACACGCGCCGCCAGUUACUACAGGCGGACAUCGAGAAGCGUCGCAAUGCGAUCGUCCUGCUCUACGAUGAGCAGAACACGCUGGAAAAGAAUCUGGAGCGUACGUCCAGCUUGUAUAGGGAAGCGCAUCAGGAGCGACGCCAGAUGGUGGACACAUGGAAGCAGGCGGUCAAUCAGAUGACACAGCGCGAAAUGGAAAUACAGAACGGUGAGACGGAGUGCGUCAGGCUGAUGGAGAAGGCGGACGCGAUGGCCAAAGCCUAUUUCGUUGCCAACGAGCAACUGAACGACGUUCAGGAGAAUAAUCGGCUGGUUGAGCGAAGCAUCGAGAUAUUGAACACAGAGACAUCCGAUGCCAAGAAUGAAAUUCAGCGCCUGAUCGACUCUGCGCUGCUGAAGGAGCGCGAGAUCGUUUCGUUGCGCCACGAACUGGAGAAUCUGUCGAACAUGGUGCACGCCCAGCGUCUGGACAAUCGCAAGCUGCUCAAGCAACGUGAUGACAAGCUGGCAGAGAUUGAGAACUUCGCCACGACGCUGAAGAAAAUUGAGGAUCGCCUGAAGGCGAUCGAGAACAAGCACACCGAUGCCAAUCAGCGACUGCAAAUACUGGACGAGAUGAUGGAGGGCGAGGAGGAGGCGUUCAAAUUGCUCAACAAGGAGCAGCAACGCUGCAAUGAUCUGCUCUUCCGCACCCAGCGCCAGAUUGCCGAGCUGAAGGAUGAGGAGAAGACCAUCAUAGUGCAAAAUGGAUCACUCCAGUCCACGCUGCUGGCCGUCACUCGCAGCCAGCGGCAGGUGGAGAUUGAGAUAAAGCGCCAGACGGAAAUACACUACGACAUGUCCUUCAAGUACUUGCAGUGCGAGCGUAAGCUAGCCGAUUUGCGAGGCAAAAACGCGGAUCCGGAGACGGAAGCGCGCAAUGCUCAGAUUCUCACUGAUCUGGAGCAGUAUCUGAGCAAGCUGCAACGUCGUCUGGCCUCCACUGAGGCGCAGAACAAAAAGCUCAACUAUAGCAUGAACGCUUUGGUUGGGGUCUACGACAGUGAUGCCAAGGAUCUGGAGGUGGUCAAGUUUAAGAUCAAGGAGGCGCAGGUCUACUGCGAGGGCACCAUCAAACGUCUGCGCAUGAAUCGCUACGAAAAUUCUGAGUUCGUGGUGGAGCUAAGUCUGCUCAAGAUGCGCUGCUGCGACAUUCAGAGCGUGAUCGAUAACUGUGAGAAGGGCACCUACAGUCUGAAUCAGCAUCGCCUGGCCUUCCAGCGCAUCAUCAAGGAUCGCUUUGUGGAGCUGCGCAGUCAGCAGGAUAUCUUACUGCUGAAACGAAAGCAUCUCAACGAGGAGCUGAGCACGCUUCGCGCCGAUCUCGGCGAACGCAAGAAACACAUCAACGCGCUGCGCGCCCGCUUCGAGCUGACCUCCGCGCUGCUGGGCGUCAACGAGGAUGGCACCAUAAUCACGGCCACUCAGCUGAAAGUGGAAAAUGCCCAGGAGCGUCAGCUGCUCGCCGACGAGGGCGAUGCUCUUAAUAAAAAGGUGCUCAAGGCCGAGAAGGAGGUGAUCGGUCUGGAGAAUACGCUGCGCCAAUUUGAUAAGUCCAAUGACAACUACCGCAAGAAUCUAAGAACCUACGAAGAUAAUUCAAAGGAUGAACAGCGCGCCGAGGAGGAGCUACAGAAAGUGCAGGAGAGCUACUGCAUGGAGCUCAAGAAGCUGAAGAUGUUGCGCUGCAAGGCGGAGGCUUACGAAAAUGAAAUCGAGCAGCAAAACCAGGAGCUGGAGCGCCUAAUGCUGGAUAUCGAAGCCGAAAAGCAGAAGUGCUUGGACGAUACGGAAACGUUGCAAAAACUAAAGAAGGAACUGCAGGAGCAGAACUCCAAAAUUGACCGAGCCAAUCGCGAGAUACAAUUUCUGCUCAAGGAAAUCAAACAGAAGGCCAUAAGUGCGGACUUUCUGUCGCUAUUCGAACGCGAUCUCAAUCUGCAGGAGUUGGAGAACCGGAACAGAAAGGUGCUAAAUCUGCUGUGCGACAUGACCAAUAGCGAUCAGGAUGGUGCCGAAAUAAUAGCCUAUAUGCUGGACAAGGGCAUUAAGCUGCCGCAGCACUUGAAGCCCGCGCGCAGUCGCGUGUCCUCCAGGACCACGUCGUACUCCUCGCUGGACUGCUACUCAGUCAAAGGUUACAGCGCACGCUCCUCCGCCUCCGAUUCAUCUAAUUCGGCAGCCAGUUCGAGUGCUGGCGGCAAGAAGUCCCAUAAAUCUAGCAGCAAAUUUAUGCGCAAAAAGACCGAACUGUGGCACGAGGGGAUUGCUCCGACAGUGCUGUCACCGUUGAAGCCAUUCCUGAGCAGCUGCCUGCCCAGCGAUGUGGUGACCGUGCAAGAUGCUUCGCUAGAUGCGUUAUGCAUGCUGCGUGUAAUUUAUGCCCUGAAUCGACACUGGGAGCAUCUGUAUGGCUGCGUGGUGCGCCAGAAUAUUAUUGCCAAUACUGAGUUUGUGCAUCCAAAGAUUACGGCCAAGGCGAAUCGCCAGCUGCAGGAUCCGUUGGUCAUCAUGACUGGCAAUCUGCCCCAAUGGUUACCUCAGAUAGGCAUGGCCUGUCCCUUCCUCUUCCCCUUCGAGACGCGUCACUUGCUUUUCUAUGCCACAAGCUUUGAUCGGGAUCGGGCGCUGCAGCGUCUGUUAGACACCACACCGGAUCUGAACUCGGCGGAGUCAUCUGAACGUGUAGCGCCACGUCUAGACAGACGUAAACGAGCCAUCUCACGUGCCGAGCUACUGAAACAGGCCGAGCACAUACUCCAGGACUUUGGCAAUUCCAAGGCCCUGCUGGAGAUUCAAUACGAGAAUGAGGUGGGCACCGGAUUGGGACCCACGCUGGAAUUUUAUGCUCUGGUAUCUGCCGAGCUGCAGCGCACGGAUCUUGGUCUGUGGAAUGGCAGCGACAGCUAUCGCCAUAACUCAUCCAAUAUUGCCGACGUGGUCAAGUCCAGCAAUCCCGUGGUGCACAUCGAAGAUACAGUCGAGUCCAACGGCGAGACGGUAGUGAUGUCCACAGUUGUGGCGACUGCCGCCAACACUCAAACAACGAACGUACAUCUGACCCGCAGCAACAGUCGCAGCAACGCGCUGCGCAAUCAGCAGCAACAGUUGCUGGCGGAGCACAGCUCUUCCAGCUCCAAUGACAACGCUUUAAAUAUGAUCAUUGCACAGCAGUUUAGUGAUAUGGCAACCACUGAAGUCACUGCAACAACAACAACUAUUCAAACGGCAUCCACUGUUAGCUACGUCCACGCCGCACAUGGCCUGUUUCCUUUGCCUUUGGGCAAAUCCUCCAAGCUGCCACAGAUGACCAAGGCCAAGUCGAAGUUUAAAUUCCUAGGCAAGUUUAUGGCCAAGGCAGUAAUGGAUAGUCGCAUGCUCGAUUUGCCAUUCUCACUGCCCUUCUAUCGCUGGCUGAUCAACGAGGAGUUAUCGAUUGGCCUGGCCGAUUUGAUGCGGGUUGCGCCCGAGGUGCAAAGUACGUUGGUGCGUCUGCAGGAUGUGGUGCGACAGCGCGAGGAUAUCCAAUUGGAUGCCAAUCUAGAUGCCAUGGAAAAGAAGGAGAAGAUGGAGCAACUUGAUUUGGAUGGCUGUCCCAUUGCGGAUUUGGGACUGGACUUUGUACUGCCCGGACAUGCCAACAUUGAGCUGUGCCGUGGCGGACGUGAUACGCCCGUAACCGUGCACAACUUGCAUCAAUAUAUCUCGCUGGUUACCUACUGGUUCCUCGUCGAAGGCGUGCAGAAACAGUUUGAGGCACUGCGAGAGGGCUUUGAUUCCAUUUUCCCCAUACAACGAUUGCGCAUGUUUUAUCCUGAGGAGCUGGAGUGCGUGUUUUGCGGGUCUGGCAGCGAACAGCAUCAGACCUGGGAUCUCAAAAUGCUGCAGGACAGCUGCCGCACUGAUCAUGGCUUCCAUCAGGAAUCUCAGGCCAUACAAUUUCUGUACGAGAUUCUCGUCUCCUACAAUCGUGAUGAGCAGCGUGCGUUCCUACAAUUUGUCACCGGAUCGCCACGUCUGCCAACGGGCGGCUUUAAGGCGCUGACUCCGCCGCUGACCAUUGUGCGCAAGACCCUGGAUGGGAACCAGAAUCCCAAUGAUUAUCUACCAUCUGUGAUGACCUGUGUCAACUAUCUCAAGUUGCCCGACUACUCCAGUCGUGAUGUGAUGCGACAGAAGCUGAAAGUGGCUGCCAACGAGGGCAGCAUGUCCUUCCACCUGUCUUAA